AUGUCUGGCCGAUCGCACGUCAAUGUGCGCGAGCCCCUUCUCACUGUGGAGCGGCGGCGAUGCAGCGGCGCUGUCUGGACGGCAGCGGCGGCGAUGGUGCUGGGCUCCAUGGCAGCGUACGCCUCCUGCGCCUGGCCAGGACCGCAGAGGACCGUGCGUCUGCGCCUUUUUUGGAUCCGACAUGGCCUGUCUUGCGCCAAUGUGCUGAACGCCUGCACAGCGACAUCGGGGACUGAUGCCAUGGAUGCUGGACUGCUACCAGAACUCGAGGCGGCACUGCCAAAGUAUGUGCUGCCCGACGCGUCCGAUGCGACUCUGGACGCCACCUUCGGCAUCCACUCCCGACCUCCAGGCGGCAAGGACUGCAAGGUGAAGGUGCGCCUUGCAAACGGCACCUCUUUUGAGACCAAGCUGCAUCAUUUGCUUCUGGACCCGCUGAUCACUGACUGCUCCAUGAAACAGUCAGAGAAUGCCGGGCGUGCCUUUCUCAGAUGGCUGGCGGAGCGGAACAUCCGUCUCCAUUUCAUCGCAUCCAGCACGCUGCUGAGGGCCAUCCAGACUGCACACCACAUGUUCGUGGAGCCGUGCCAAAAUGGCGGCGAAACCUGCGAUGUGCUAGUGGGCAAUUUGACGGUCUCACCAUUGCCCUACGUGGCGGAGCGCUCCGCCUCCAAGCAGCCGCUCCAGGCAGACAACCUCCCGGCACCCUUGUCGAUGCAGAAGGACCUACUACGAAGCCUGUACUCCCACGACAUCAUGGACGAUCGCUUCGUACGGCACUGGCCCAGAUUAGCGCAGCAGUAUCAGGAGUUCAAGGCUUUCCUUGCGUUGGUCCUCGUCCCCUCGCUGUUAUCGCCGCCGUUGAGGCCGACGCCCGGCGCGCGCGAGGCCCUGGAGGAUGCCGAGUCCAGUGAUUUCAGGGUGCUGCAGCUGCCUGGUGGUGCAUACCGUGUCGGGCCGCAUUUCGAGCGUGCAACCUACGAUGCCACGGAGGCCGCAGACGAGUCUUUCAGUCUUUAG